GGGGUCCUGGCGCGCCAUGGCCGGGCACAACCGCUGGUCCAAGGUGAGGAACGUGAAGGGCCCGCGGGACGCCGAGCGGAGCCGCCUCUUCCAGCGCCUCGGGCAGAUGCUGCGCGCCGCCGCCAGAGAGGGGGGCUCAGACCCCUCCCGGAACGCUGCCCUGGCUCAGGUGGUGGAGCAGUGCCGAGCUCGGAACAUGCCCAAGGCCAACAUCGAGGCCGCCCUCAGGAGCGCCGAGCGCCAGGGCGGGGGGUCCCGGGUGCUGCUGGAGGCGCGAGGCCCGGGGGGCUCCGCGGUGCUGCUCGAGCUGCUCACGGACAACCCACGCAGGGCCCAGCACGAGAUCAGGGCCCUGCUCGCCAGGAACGGGGGGUCCCUGUGCGAGGGGUCCCGGCACGGCUUCGAGCCCACGGGGGUGGUGCGGGUGUCCCCCCGGGACGGGCGGGGCCGGGCGGUGUCCAUGGAGGCGGCGCUGAGGCGGCGCUGGCGGCCGGAGCCCAGGACGUCCCUGCAGUUCGUGUGUGCCCCGUCGUCGCUGCGCAGUGUCCGGGAGGGCCUGGAGGCCGCGGGGCUGCGCCCGCUCUCGGCCGGGCUCGAGUACGUGCCGGUGGCGCCGGUGGCGCUGCCCGAGGGGCCGCGGGCGCAGGCGGAGCAGCUGCUGCAGGCCCUGGGCGACCACCCCGACGUCGUCCAGCUCUACCACAACAUCCUCUAGGAAGCCCCCCGGGGCAGGGGGAGGUAAAAGAAAAGGGGGCAUGGCCUGGGGGGCGAAACCCCGCCCACUUAGCCUGCCACGCCCCCCUCCCCCUCUCGAUUUUAAUAAACGCUCGUUUGGUUGUG